UUUUUUUUCUUUUUCUUUUUCUCUUCAAUCUAUUUUCAUACAAAAAGAUGGCAUACGGUGAAGCUGAUUCUUAUCAAGGAGGCCAAGAUUUCUAUCCUAAGCCCGAUGUCUCCCAAGUCUCUCGCUUGGCAAAGCAACACGCUCAAUAUGAUGAUGAUGAUGAUGAUGAUGAAAACGGUGUCUUUUCUCAAGCUCUUCACAACGUGAUUGGACGCGAUGAUGCCAAAAAGGAACUCGACGAGGACACAGCAAAUCACGCUGCUAAUGCUCAUAACCAAAUUUAUAACGAAAAUAACGGUCAACCUGCCCAGGAGCACUCUUCUCGUGACCUUGGCUCAGCCGCUGCUAUGCAAGCCUUCAAGAUGUUCUCUGGCGGUGGCAGUGGCGGUGGAGGAAGUGGCGAGUUGAUCGCUAUGGCUAUGGGUGAAGCUCAAAAGCUCUUCAAGUCUCAAGGUCAAGGUGGAGGAGGAGCUAACCAAGCUGAAAUGCUCCAGACUGCUGCUAUGGUUGCUAUGCAACUCUUAAUGACACAACAAAAGGGCAGCAGUGGUAGCGGAGGUGGUAACCUAGGCGCUGUCAUGGGUGUCUUGCAGAGUCUUGGUGGAGGUGGAGGUGGAAAGAAGCAAGAAAGUGGUGGAGUCUCUGGCACUAUCAGUAAUGUCCUUGGCGGACUUUUUUAAUACCUUUAAUCUUGUGGUGUAACCAUUUAAAAUGAAGUUUUUUUUUUUUAAAAAAAAGUGAUGCUUAAUAAACAAAUGCUUAAAGUGUAAUGAAAAUCAUACAAAGAGACAAAAACAAAAAAGAAUAAUAGAGUCUAAGAAAUGAUUUCCUAUUUUCCUAUUCGGUCAAUUUCACCUCGUCUUGGCUAUUUCUCUCCGCUCAGCCCCCCUUUUGAAUGAUAUUUAUGUAUUUUUGUAUUUUUGUUU